UCACACACUUCCUGCUCAGGGUUGGACAGCCACACUGAAACCAGGCUGGGGACACUGGAGGUCUUGGCAGAGCCCGGAGAAUUGCCAUGGCCAGUGGGGGCAGAGACCUCAGCAGCAGGAUGUCUGCAGAAGCCCAGAACAUAGACAACAUCAUAGAGGGAGUGGCACUGAGGCUCUUCAAAAUGCAUAAGGUAGCAAUUUCACAUGCAAUCAGAGAAUCAUAUCCUUUUCUUCAACUUCUGCAUGACCAUGACUUCAUCACCAGAGAAAUGUAUGAUGUGUCUAAAGAAACUUUUGAAAAAGGUCAUCACAUUGAAGAAGUUGUACACAAAGUUCUCACUGAAGCACAGGAGAAAUUUAAACCAUCCCUUCUGAAAAUACUGUUCGACGAGUUCACCUUGAAAAGAAACCCUGAUUUAAAUCAUAUUUAUGAAAUCUUCAAAGAAGAGAUACCAGACAAAAAGAUUUUUCCAAAAAGCAAAGCAGAAGAAAAUGAGAUGCAUGAUAUCCAAUCAAGCUUUGAACAAGUGACCAUCAGUGAUGACUCUGCAAGACGUGAAGGUGGAGAAGAACCUCCAAAAGCUUCCACCCCAGCAGUGAAGAGGAAAACUGGGACAGGACAGCAGCCAGAUGUGCCUGUGAAUUUUCAAGAUGAAUUACUUCCUGUGACUUGUAACGGGACGAUGGGGCUGUUAAUUAAGAGGAAAAUGGAACGAGGAACUACCACGAAGUGCAUAACAAAGAAAGAAAUGUGUUCCUUCACCCUCAGUGAAUUUGAAGUCAAAGGAGGCUACGAAGCAUCAGAUGACUGGAGAAAGAGUCUGCACUGUGGUGGGAGGACCCUGGAAGACCUGAUGAAGGAUGGAACUCUACCUACGCCUCCAGAAAAAGACUGUACAAAUAAAGAGGGCAAAGACUCAGACAAAUGCAAGAUCUGCCGGGAUGGAGGAAAGCUCUUCCACUGUGAAACUUGUCAGAGCUUCUUUCAUGGGGACUGUCAUCUCCCACCUGUGCUCAGGAAGAGGGUCAAUUGGCGGUGUACCUUCUGCAAAGUAAAUGAUCUACCAAGAAAUGAGCAGCGUUAUACAGAAUCUACGGUCCUGGAGAAGGCGAUAGGGCAUGAGCAGAAGAUGUUGAAAUGUCAGUUCCUCCUCUUACAGGUCUAUGACCAUUUAGAGGGCAACGUUUUCCCAAAUAUUCCAUGUGAAAAUUAUGCUAAAGAGGCUUCUCAAUGCCUAGAGAAACUUAGAAAGUUGGACAAAAUCAAGGAGAGUCUACUCAAGGAAAACUACCGCUCUGUGGAAAGUUUUGUGCAGGCCAUGUACAAAUUAUUUCCUAUCCCCAGUUGCAAUGAUGCAAAAUUAACUCUGGAUGAUUUUAAGAAGAAUUUCAAACAAAUCUUCGCUAUUCAGGAGACAAAUUAGAACAGUUCACUGGUGUGGUGGAUACUGUUUGUACCCUGAAAAGUCCCACUUUCUGGCAAAUUUCUUAUCCCCCUGCUGCUAUGAGGAUUGGCUGCCAAUGCCCCCUCUCCCCGGAGUAUUGCUUUGGGCCAAAUGGAUCCAGGUUCACCUGAACAUUACAUCAUUUUUGCCUGGGGACUGGUUCUCACUCCAAGUUUGAACCAACUAUGUGCAGUAAUUCAUGUUUCUGUACUCCCCAGAGAAUCAGACUAGAGCUGUUGUCCAACUAUAGCCACAUCCUUGCUUAGCUUUCCCCUCCUUAGUAUCCUGCUUCCCUUACCCUCCUCCUGAGAGAAUUCUCACAAUAAAUCACUUACAUAAAAGACUUUA